UAGAGCCCAAAUCCGAACAGGCUUUUUUGGUCCUAAAAUCUCUGCCAAACCCUAAUUUCUUCCUCUUUCUGCAAGCAACUCUUCACUUUUUUUUUUUUUUUUUCUCUCUAACGAAAUCAAUAUGAUUAUCCCAGAGAAGAACAGGAGAGAGAUCUCCAAGUACCUCUUCCAAGAGGGAGUAUGCUUUGCUAAGAAGGACUACAAUUUGGCAAAACAUCCCAACAUUGAUGUGCCGAACCUACAAGUGAUCAAGCUGAUGCAGAGCUUUAAGUCGAAGGAGUAUGUGCGUGAGACCUUUGCUUGGAUGCACUACUACUGGUAUCUUACCAAUGAUGGCAUUGAGUUCCUCAGGACUUACCUCAAUCUUCCUUCUGAAAUUGUUCCUGCUACUUUGAAGAAGUCCGCCAAGCCCCUUGGUCGUCCCAUGGGUGGACCUCCAGGCGAUAGGCCCCGUGGACCACCAAGGUUCGAGGGUGAUAGGCCAAGGUUUGGUGAUAGGGAAGGGUAUCGUGCUGGUCCAAGAGGUCCACCUGGUGAAUUUGGAGGCGAGAAGGGUGGAGCUCCAGCUGACUACCAGCCUGCAUUUAGGGGUGGUGGUGGAAGACCUGGAUUUGGGCGUGGGGCUGGAGGUUUCGGUGGCGCACCCCCUAGUUCAAGCUUCUCUUAGGUUGCUAUUCUUGUACUUCAUGUUUUAUCAAAAUUUUGAUCAUCAGAUGUUGGAAUCAACUUGACUAUUAUUCUCCCGAAAGUACUGUGCAAUGAAGCAAUUUCAUCAUGUUUGAUCUUUAA